AUGCCGCCCGAGGCGAGUGUCUCUCUGCCACUAAGGCUCCUGACCAAAGGUCCCGGCUACCUCCGCAGUCAAAUGGAAGGGGACAGGCAGGGUCGACAGAGCGCCGUGGAGAGACUGGCUGCCGACAAGACCAAGUACUUGAAGAGCCAGAUGGCGAGGGGGUGCAAAGUGGAGCCCAAUGGUUUGGGCAGCUCUGCCUCCGAAGAAGGCAGCAGCAGCGGCAGUGGGGCCAGCAGCAACACGAAGACUUACCUGGCCUCUGGCAGCCCCCAGCAGAGUGGGCAGCUGCGGCUCCCGCCUGACAUUGUGCGUCGCUCCAGCUCCAGCUCCAAGAGGCAGCUCAGGCCCGACUCGCUGGUCAUGUACCGGCGGAAGUGCAAGGUCGUGUGGGGAGCAGAUGCCACCGGCAGCGCCCGCAGUUUCAAGGACAGUAGCAGCCUGGUUCGGUGGCUGCUGCCUGGCUCUAGCGGCCGGGCCGACAAGCAGCAGGGGCCGGCAUCGGGAGCAGCAACGUCGGAAGGGGGAGAAUUAGCAGAGAGUAAAGAGGCCGGCAUGUGAUCGGCGGCGAGGCUCUGACGCCACGGAUGGAGGCUAUGGACCGGGCAGCCAGACACCGCAGACCCAGGCCCGGAGAAGUGGGCACUCUUUUUUUUUUUUACAAAUCAUCCCACGGGCUGGAUUGGACCCUUCACGGGUAGUUUGACACCCCAGAUGAAAAACAAACAGACUUCCCCCUCCCGCAAUGCAACGCAAUAUUCCACGGCCCCACUCACCCAAACUAGGCCCGGGGCAUCGAGGCGAUGCAGUGAAAAUGGCAGUGAUCUGAUCCCGCCCACUGCGCACGCGUGGAGAGACGGCGACAUUUUGCGUCGCCACUGCGUCACCAGCUUACCUCAACUGCGCAGGCACGGAGGGUCGCAAAUAUUCCCCACCCCCCAAAUCAUAACCAGAAUUUCCCGAAUUUCGGGUAAAUUCCUUCAAAGUGGAAACACUGAUUGGGUUCCAAUAUUUUAUUUAUUUUACUCGGGAUUUAUUUUUACUCUGGAAAAAAAAGAGGGGUGCAACCACACCCAUCGCUCCCCACCCUUCGGAAGGCCAUGUCCUCCUAUCACCUGAAGAAGGGUCCCAACACAAAAUGUCGCCUAUCCAUAAUCUCCAGAGAUGCUGCCUGAUCCGCUGAGUUACUCCAGCACUUUUUACAUCUUUUGUUUCCUUGUUUCUACAUUCGAGUUAAGUAACUCAUGUAAGUUACUUGCCUCAUAUUGUGUUUUGAAUUGUAUUCUGUCUUUACUUUGUGUACUAGUCAUGUCUCUACUAUUUAUUUCAUUUCCCUUACAUGUUUUUCCUCUACCUGCUAAAUGUUUGUAAGGUGUCCUUGAGACUCUUGAUAGGCGCCCAUAAAUAAAAUUUAUUAUUAUUAUUAUAAGUAACUCAUAUGAUCAGAAUACAUAGUGACUUCAUCACAGAUAAACAGGACAUGGAGUGAAUUACUUGAUUUUUGAGUAAGAAUAAACAUUCUUAUCUGAAGCUCCUGUGUCCUGUAACUGUUAUUUUAAGGAGAACCUACCAGUACUCGAAGACCCACAUAAG